AUGCCCUUCUCGCCCAAGAUGAACCCGUCGCUCAUUCCCGGCUCGCGCAGGCGCAAGUCUCUCGCUCACGGCGAAGAAUCCGAGUUGGGGCCCAGCAGCAGCCAUCAUGCACUCGCGGGUCUGCAGCCCUCGGCGUCCACCUCGUGGAUCAAUCCCUUUGGCAGGGCGUCGUUCAGCGUGGACGAUGACGCCUACCACGCGCCCGACUCGCUCCCGAGCUCGCGCCGCCCAUCGGCCGCCACGAUCAUCUCGACGCUGCUGCACGGUGUUGGGAUGAACACCAAUGCUGCCUCCUCGGCAGUGCGUUUGAGCCAUGACGAGCCGGGCUAUUCCAGCUCCGACGCCGCAAGCUCCAGCGGUAGCAGUCGACCUGCUCAGCUGGCGGCGUCUCCCGCACCCGCGCAGCACACCCGCAGGCCCUCGGCGAUCUUCAAGGCGUGGAAGGCGCGCCGGGGUUCGGCGCAGGGCCAGAAUGCUGCCCCGCCAGUGGUGGCGCCGACGGCAUUCGCUUCGGGAAGGCGCAAGAGCUCGGCGCUCACGCGCGUGCUCCAGCCCGUCGCAUCCGGUCGUCGCGGCUCGACGGCCAACCUGGGUGCGCCGCGCAUCGACGAGCACCGUCUGUCAUCGACGCUCAGCGGAGAUGCCGGUUCGGAACGCCGGCGUAGCCUCAGCAUCGUCUGUCGCGGCGAGCGCGAUUCGGACGAGCUGACUCCUUCGCACCGAUCCCAUGCUCUCGAAGCGGCUGGUAUGCCCUCGACCAACGGGGUGACCGCAGCCAUGGCGAUUCGCGAUACAUGGCUGUACGGCUCGCAUCAGUGGACGCACGACGGUCGCAAGGGCAGCAUCUCGACGCAAGCCACGUCGUCGAGCCAUUCGCAUUUUGGCGCUGUGGGGCGCAAGAGUCUUUCGGGCGCGGCGAUGCGCGGUGCACUCGGUCUCGAUGAAGAGGACGAGCAGAUGCGGUAUCACGAGCGCAACAUGCGCGAGGGAGAUGCGGCGUCGGUGGUGUCGCUGUCGCUCACGGAGGAGAUUGCGCUGUAUACCUCGGACGUGCAGGCGGUCGAGCAGAAUGCGGGUAGGGCACGACGCAGUGCCAACAGCAGCACGAGCAACGCGUCCUUGGUGCAGGCACACAGCAAAGGCGCCUCGGGCGAGUCUGGACGCGCGGCGUUUGUGUGGAAUCUGCCCGACUGGGGUGCACCAUCACGCGUAGGCAGGCUGCCGGAGCUCUCGCCCGCACCGGCACUGGUGAUCGCCGACCCGUUUGCGGCCAUCCACGCCGAGUCGAGCAGUAUGCAGAGGAUCGAAAGCGGCUCGUUGGAUCCUGUGCUCUCCCCCGUAGCGUCGCCGGCGGUGCUCACGCCCGUUUCGGAACAAGGCGCCUCGCACGGUCAUAGCGACCACACGCCCACACACACCUGGUCGCAGCCCCAGUGGAACCUCGAGUCGCCCUUCCGUCCCGACGCCCCGCUCGCCUCGCCCUCCUCUCACCAACGUGCUUCGGUGGCAUGUACCGACCAAAGUCCCACCUCGCCCAACUUCACCCUUCCUGGCGCGGACGAAACGCCACGCCGGGCUACGACGUACUUUGACGCAAGCUCGCUUCCCAUUGUCGAUGAGGUUCCUGGUUCACCUACCGAGGUGCGACUAUCGCCUCGGCUGCCUAGGUCGCCUCGAUCGCCCAGGACGUUCGGGACGAGCGAGACGUCGUACGAGAUGUCGCGCGCACGACGACGCACCUCGUACUCGCACCCACGUCCCCCAGCCGGAUACGACGUCGGUGCACCCGGUGACGCCGACGAUGCACUUAGCGAAACGGUGCCCACCCCGAGACUCGUAUCGGCCGAGCUAACGUCCAGCCCGAUGUCGAGCAACUUUGCGCCCGAGACACCCAGCAGCGCCGUACGCAGCUUCCCUGCCGACGUGCACGUGUCGCCGCCCAAGGAGGAGGGUGACGAUCUGCAUGCACAAUUUUGCUCCGUGCUGCUGCUCGAUCUGGGCAACGGCACGGCGAUCCCACUCAGCCCGAGCCCGGGUAAGGAACGCGUAGAUCCCUUCGCACUUCUUGCACACUAG